UUCAUGCACACCACCGAGGGAGGGAGACCGCCGAUCAGCCACACCCGCUCCCGCUUAUUGGGCAUCUUCCCACGGAACGUCACAUGCAAAAGAGCCACACGUUUAUGCCGAUGAAUUAUAGAUUAAAGCGAGGCUGGAGAUGCAGAUUGUGUCUCACACACGGCCAGGGCAUCGUAUCGACGGGAUGCGCUCACUGGAGCCCCGCUGAAGCUCUCCCGCGCCCGCAUUCAGCCGCCGCCACACCGACUCUCACGAUGCGCCGGUUCCGCGGAGAUCACCGGACGGCUCCUGCGCUGUUUCUGGCUCUGAUCGGUGCGUUAAUGCUGUUCGCUGCAGCCGAAGACGAGCUCUUCAUUACCGGGCAUUUUCUGGUCCAGAUGCAGGAAGCGGCGACUGAAGAUGCCCAGAAACUCGCGCUGGAGCACGGCUUCGAGAGUGCGAGAAAGCUUCCAUUUGGCGAGGAUCUUUUUCAUUUCUACCCACUGGAAAUCGCUAAAACCAGGAGGAAACGCAGCCUCCACCAGCAACACCACCGCCUGGCAUCAGACCACCGGGUGAAAAACGUGUUUCCCCAGGAAGGUUUUGGCCGUCAGAAGCGAGGCUACAGAGAUCUCCCAAACACUGACGUCAACAUGAGCGACCCGCUCUUCACCAAACAGUGGUAUCUUAUAAACACAGGCCAGGCCGACGGGACCCCGGGGCUGGAUCUGAAUGUGGCCGAGGCCUGGAGUUUGGGUUUUACUGGGAAAGGAGUGACCAUCGCCAUUAUGGAUGAUGGUAUUGAUUAUCUACAUCCAGAUCUCGCCUCAAAUUACAAUGCAGAAGCCAGCUUUGACUUCAGUAGCAAUGACCCAUACCCUUACCCACGCUACACCGACGACUGGUUUAACAGUCAUGGCACUCGGUGUGCUGGCGAAGUGUCUGCGGUUUCCAACAACAACAUCUGUGGGGUGGGCGUGGCCUACAACUCCAAGGUAGCAGGCAUUCGUAUGCUGGACCAGCCCUUCAUGACAGACAUCAUCGAGGCGUCCUCCAUCAGCCACAUGCCACAGGUUAUUGACAUCUACAGUGCCAGCUGGGGUCCCACCGAUGAUGGAAAAACUGUAGACGGCCCCCGGGAGCUCACCCUGCAGGCCAUGGCGGAUGGAGUCAACAAGGGUCGCGGUGGGAAAGGCAGUAUCUAUGUAUGGGCUUCUGGAGACGGCGGUAGCUACGACGACUGCAACUGUGAUGGAUACGCCUCCAGCAUGUGGACCAUCUCCAUCAACUCGGCCAUCAAUGACGGACGCACGGCGCUCUAUGAUGAGAGCUGCUCCUCCACCCUCGCCUCCACCUUCAGCAACGGCCGCAAGAGAAACCCUGAAGCUGGCGUGGCCACCACGGAUCUGUAUGGAAACUGCACGCUGCGUCACUCGGGCACAUCUGCUGCGGCUCCUGAGGCUGCCGGCGUGUUCGCAUUGGCAUUGGAGGCCAAUCCGAACCUGACAUGGAGAGACCUGCAGCACCUGACCGUCCUGACCUCCAAGAGGAAUAAACUGCACGAUGAGGUUCACCAGUGGCGGAGGAACGGCGUGGGUCUGGAGUUCAAUCAUCUGUUUGGGUAUGGUGUGCUGGACGCCGGAGGAAUGGUCAAACUCGCCCGCGACUGGAAAACCGUGCCCGAACGAUUCCACUGCGUGGCCGGAUCCGUGCAGGACAUUCAUAAAAUACAGUCCGGUAACAAGCUCCUGCUAAGCAUUACCACCGACGCCUGCCAGGGCAAAGACAACUUCGUGCGCUACCUGGAGCACGUGCAGGCAGUCGUCACGGUGAACGCCAGUCGCCGUGGAGACCUCAACAUCAACAUGACCUCGCCCAUGGGUACCAAAUCCAUCCUGCUGAGCCGCCGGCCCCGAGACGACGACGCCAAAGUGGGCUUCGAUAAAUGGCCCUUCAUGACCACACACACCUGGGGCGAGGACCCGCGGGGCCCCUGGCUCCUGGAGGUGGGUUUCCAGAGCCAGAGCGACAUGCAAAACGGCCUGCUGAAAGAGUGGACCCUCAUGCUGCACGGUACACAAAGUGCCCCUUACAUAGACCAAGUGGUGCGGGACUAUCAGUCCAAACUGGCCAUGUCCAAAAAAGAGGAGCUGGAGGAGGAGCUGGACGAAGCCGUGGAGAGGAGCUUGAAGAGCCUUUUGAGUAAAAAUAACUAGCCAUGUGCAUGAUGAUGAUGAUGAUUACUAUCCUCUGUAUUAGCAUAUAUUCCUGGCCAGCUUUCUAAGUUUCUUUAGUUUUUUUCUUGUGAUUAUUUGAUGAAUGUCUGACGUCAUGUUGAAUUAGAACAAUGCAGUGGAUCUGAAAAGCAUUUGGACACUUUAAGAGAUAGUUCACACACAAAAUUAAUUUAUUUACACUUCACUUGUACCAAAUGUCAGAUGUGAGGCUGUUAUAUUAAAGUAUAGCCAUAUAUAUUAGCUCUAAAAACCGUUUGCAAACUUAAAGGGAUAGUUCACACACAAUAUUUAGACAUUUAUUCACACUUUAAAACUAUUUGGACGCUUAGUUCACGCAGAAAUGUAUUUAUUUACACUUUUCUAUUUCCAAAUGUCUGAUGUGAGUUCGUCAUAUUGAAGUAUAAGCAUAUAGCAGCUCUGAAAACCAUUCGGUCUCUUAAAGAGGUGGCUCACACAGAAAAAUUUAUUUAUUCACACUUGACAUAAAACAUAGAUUCAUUGUAUUUACUUAAUGUUUUUUAUUUUUUAAGUACGUGGUUGCAAACAAUUUGCAACUUGCAAACAAGUAUACUUGUUCCAAAUGUCUAACAUGAGUCAGCCAUAUUGAAGCAUAACCAUAUACAGUAGCUCUGUAGAGCAUUCGCACGCUUAAAGGGAUAGUUCACACGGAAAAAAUGCAUUCAUAUAAAUUAUUUGCAACCACUU